AUGGAGCCCACUUACAGGUUUGGGCCAAAUGGCUGUACAGUCUCGCACAGCUCCCAGCCGUUAGUUUUUUUUCUGGUUCUGUCUCUCUCCCUGUGUCUCUCUUGCUUUCCCUCCUCCCCUCCUGUCUACUGCCUGCCAGCUGACAACACACACCUGCUGCCAAUCCACCAUCACCGCUCUCCUGCCACGCACACCUGCCAGCCAUCUGCAAUCAAGCUCAGUACUUCAACCCUGGCUCAACAAACCAUCUCCGCUGAAUCAUUGUCUCAGCUUCACCGUGUUCGCUUCCAAGCUUCCAGAUCCAGUCAGCUGGCCUCCCCAUCCAGUCCUCCUCCCACAGCACCCUGCUUCACCCUGCCUCCGUCUCCACGUCCAGCCAGCCCUUCCUCGGCUCCUCUGCUUCCCUGCUCCAGUGUCUCCUCCUCAGGUCUGUGGCCCCGGUUUCCCCACGCUCCCCCGAGCUCCCUAGCCAUUCUAGUUUCUGCCCCUGAGUCCCUCGCCAUCCUAGGUUUUCCCCCUUGAGUCCCUC